UGACGUAUUUUGUUUGUACAGUGCGUUAAAGAUUUGUCAAUAAUAAACUAUAAUAUCAUUUUAUCAGUUAUUGAAACUUAUUUUAUAUAAUACAAAAGAUUUACUUAUUCGUCUUUCGACAACCUGACAAAUAGUGUGUUCACUGUGUUCCAUUUCACUAUUCAUUAUGGAUAAAUUUGUUAUACGAUCUAAAAAGGAUAAGCAACUAUGCAUAGAAAAAAAAAAUCAGAUCUGGAUGAUUUAAUGUCUUCAGAGGAAACAUGUAGAUCAUCAUCUAAGACAUCAGCUAAAAUUUUCAAAUUGGAUCAGAAACUAAUUAAAGACACUUCAGAGAAAAAUUCUAACUCAAAUGCAUCUAAUGAAGUUGAUCUUUGGCCUUCUGAAUGAACUUAUAAUCAAUGGAUUCAGAAAAAAGAUAGGUAUCCAUGGCUCAUUUGUGAUAAUGAUUAUUUGGAAGUGCAGUCAAUAUGCCAGUAAAAAAUGCCGUGGAAGGUGUCAUACACAAUCAAAUAACGUUGUUUGGGACUCUGACAAUCACACUCAUUUACCAGAGGCAUCCAGAUUGACUGCAAUCCAAUUUAUCUCAGAAAUAAAAGAAAAUGCAAUAACUUCUUCUAGUACUUCAGCGUAGGUUUUAGCUUCAGCUUCAAAAGAACUACCUCGUGAAAUAAUUUCUUAUAUUCCAAAAAUUGACUCCUUAAAAAGAACAAUUCAACGAGUACGGAAGAAGCAAUUUCCAACUUUACGCCCUAAUUGUGUAGAAGAACUAACAAUUCCUGAUAUAUAUAUCAAAUAACAGAUAAAAAAGAAAAAUUUUUAUAUUUUGACUCUGGAAGUAAAAACAUGCGUGUUUUAGUAUUUUGUACUGAGGAUAAUUUGAAAAUAUUAAAAAAAUGUUCACAAUGGUAUGCGGAUGGAACAUUUAAAUCUGCUCCGCCACUUUUUAAUCAGUUUUUUGUAAUUCACGGAAAAUUAAAUGACGGAUCCAUAUUCCCAUUGAUAUACAGUUUAAUGACUCACAGAACAGAACAAGCUUACGAUAUUUUGUUUAAUUUUCUAGCCGAUGAACUUGGAGAGUUCGAACCAGAAUCUAUCAUGACAGAUUUUGAAAUAGCUUCUAGAAAAUCAUUCAAUAAGUGUUUUCCAUCUACAAAACAACGGGGUUGCUACUUUCAUCUAAUGAAAGCUAUUUGGAAAAAAAUACAAACAAUUUCAGAAAUGCAAAAGUUGUACAAGGAAAAUAUAAUUUUCUCUUCGAAAAUUCGUUAUUUUGCUUCUCUGGCUUUUAUACCACCAUCAGAUGUUUGUGAUGCUUAUGAAAAAAUAUUAAAAUUAGAUUUUUUUGUUAAAAAUAAUCAAAUUAUUUUUCCUUUCCUAACAUACUUUGAGGAGACUUGGAUUGGUACUAAAAAACGAGGGCGAAGAUAUCCUCCGUUAUUUCCUAUACCUCUAUGGAAUGUAUAUGAGGCAAUACAAAGUGACUGGGAUAAAACAAACAACAUAUGUGAAGGAUUUAACAACGGAUUUGCUCAUUUACUUUCUGCUCAACAUCCUUCAAUCUAUAAAUUUAUAAAUGGUUUGAGGCGUCAACAAAAUCUAAUGGAAAUGAAAAUAAGUCAAAGUAUAGUAGGAAAUCCAAAUACGCCAAAUAAAAGGAACAAGACAGUCAGUUGGGCUGAACGAGUAAAGAAAGUAGUAGCAGAUUAUCAUAAUCGAGAGUUUGAAGAUUAUCUUCAAGGUAUUUCAUUGAAUAUAUACUUCCAUUAA